AUGAGAUUCACUAGAGUUUUAAAGCAAGCUGAAGAAGUAUUAGUCAAAGCUGCUGCUGGUAAUCCAACAGGUUUAACCGGUAUAUAUCAACAUCCAAAUCCAAGACCAGCUUUGAUCUCCCUUUAUAAUCAUACUUUAAGUACUUUAAAUAGUAAAUUCCCAUCAUCAUCAAUCUACAGACAAUCAGUUGAAGCUUUAACUAAGAACAGAUUAAAAAUCGUUGAAGAAAAUGAUAUCACUGAAGAAAUCGAAAACAAAAUCGGUGGUGGUUUAAUAGAAGAAGUUAUCAUACAAGCUCAUGAAGAAUUAACUUUAGCUAAUGAAUUAGCUGAAUUAAAAUGUUGGGAGGAGUUAGAAGAAAAGCCAUUAGACGAUCAAUGGGUUUACUUUGGAAAGAAGAUUUAG